UCUCUAAAAGCUCAUUUGUAUAUCGAUGUUUGUUUGUAUAUCGUAGAUAUGAAAACUUGUAUAUGGUUUUUGUUUUAGUCAUUUUUUAAUUUUUGAAAUGCAUAUUUAAUUAAAAGCAUAGAGGCUGUACAACCCAUUUACACUGAACUGUGUAAAAGAUACACCAAACUAGAUUAAAAGGAAAUAGGCGAAUAAUCCUUGAAUUCUAAUAGGUUGGAGAACUGGGAGCUGUUAUGAGCAGCUAUCCAAGCUUAGAUAUUGUUGAGUACUAUGUAUUUUUAUUUUUGUUUCUAUGCCAAAAAUUUCACAUAACAUGUUCAAAACGUGUGUUUCGAAAAUGUUAUGUGAACUUGUUUUUGAAGACUAUGUGGACUUGGAUGGAUUCUCUUGUUAAUUAGCCGACUAAAAUUUGGAAUUGAUGUAAUUUUAACUACGUUUUCUUUCUGGGUUAGUUCAAUUUUCUUUUUGGGUUACUUCUUUUAUAGUAUUGGGCAUGGUCAUCAUGUUUGAUCUUAGAGGAUUUUCCACAAGUACUUAAUAGGCAUAAAGUACUUCAUAGUAUUUGGGGACUUCUUAUUUAUUUAGUAAUUUUACUAAGAUCAAUGGGUAAUGAAGUGAUAAUUGGAGAUGGGCAUGUUGGGAGGACAUUAUAUUUGUAUACUGGUUUUUUCUAUGGUUUUAGCUGUUGGUGUGCAAUGAAGCUCAGAUCCAGGUUACUCAACUAUGUCAUUUGAUUGUGACAACGAUGAGCGAAAAAGUGACAAUGAAGAUCAAAAGAAAAAUGAUGUGGAAGAGGAUUUUGAUAACUUUCUUGGUGGCAAGGCAGAGGAGCUACAACCCCAAGGUGUGGAUCCAAGAAGGGGUCCGGAUUUUCGUGGUGUCUACAAGUGCUUUUAUACAGGCAAUUAUAUGUGGAAAAGUUGGGCAAGCCCCUGUGCAGAAGAUCCUAAGAAAGGGCCGAUCGGUAACCAUCUUCACAGUUGGGACAGGGGGCAUGUUUGACCAAAGAAUUGUAGGAGCAAAAGACUUGCCAAAACCUGCUCAGUGGCAUCGAAUUGCUGUGCAUAAUGAAGCCCUUGGAGCUUAUGCAGUACAACAACUUGUUAAAAACUCUUCUGUUUAUGUUGAGGGUGACAUUGAAACGAGAGUUUACAACGACCGCAUCAAUGGUGAAGUUAAAAAUAUCCCAGAGAUAUGUGUUCGUCAAAAUGGGAAAAUUCGGCUUCUAAAGACCAGAGAAAGUCUCAGCAGUAUUUCUUUUGACGAUCUUUGAGAAGGAUUGUUUUAGCCUAGCGUCAAAUGGCACUUCUGAAAAAAGCUUGCAGUUGAAGCCUCUAACUUGGUAAUAUCCUGUUAAGUUAGCCUGACCCUAACCAGACUCUGUUCAGAGAUGCCACCAUUUUAUGCCUUUCUUUCCCUUUGAGAAAAUAAAAGGUUUUUUUUUUUUUUUUGGGGGG